AGUUAGCAGCAGCUACGCAGCUAUUGAAUUCCGUUGGGAUACUCAAGUAUGACGUCAGAAGCGAAAUAUUAUCCGACUUCUUUCUUUUAUAUAUCGAAAUAAAUUAAUCAUUAUUCGUAUUGCCAGUUUUGUAGAUUGGCAAAAUAUAUAAAAAAUUUUUUUAUUUUCUCGUAUUUUUAGUACAUGCAUAAUUUGUACACGUGUUUCCAACAAAGAUAUAAUUUAUAAUAAUUGAUUAAAAUUUAUAAUUAUAUUUAUUUACAUUCUCGCAAAAAUUUUACAUUUUUCUCGACGAUAAGAUAGGAAUUGCAAUGACAAUGGCAAUGCAAAGACAAUGUGAUUGUUAGACAGUCACGCUACUGCAGAAAUUCCCAUGAUAUACAGUCAGCUGCAACUUCUCGAAGUUUCCACAUGUUUUUUUACGCACGCGAACGUCAGGAUUUAGCUGACGAGCGAGGAGAUCCUUGGCGAGGUGAGCACGGACGCGCGUACGCGAACAACGAGAACGUUCACGGGUAACGCGACGAGAUGAGCAAGAAGCGGAACAGGCAGCCAGAUGCAAAUCCCGAUGUCAGCGAAGCCUCCACUGAGUCCUGCGAGGAAGCCAGUGCAGGUGCGAAAUGUCCACAUAUAGUUAAGGCUAUCAACUUGACUAAAGUGAAGAAGAACAUAAAGAAGACUGGUAUAGUGACCGAAUGUUCCAUGUGCAAAAAGUUAGAAGUGGACUUAAAGAAAGAAGAAACGUGCGAUGUCACAAAGCCUCUAUGGAUUUGUCUGCAAUGUGGAGAGCAAGGCUGUGGCAAGGAGCAGAAGCAGCAUGCCGCAGAACACCAUAGAAAGCCCCACAGUGACUGCCAUUGCAUGGUAACAGAUACUCACAAUUGGAACGUUUGGUGCUAUCAGUGUGAAAUUGAAGUUUAUCCCAGCAGCAAAAAAAAGUUGUUGGAAACCGUGGAGUUUAUUAAGAAGUGCGUUACUAUGCCACAAAUACCUCAACAAUCAAAAACGCCACAAAUUCAGUGCCAAGAAGAAAUAGUAAUCGAUGUACAAGAAAAAAAGGAGAAGCAAAAAAUAUUAAAUAAUCUUCCUAAAGUUGGAGGUCUAGUAAAUUUAGGAAAUACCUGCUUUUUCAAUGCUGUGCUCCAGUGCUUAGCACAGACUCCUUAUCUGGUAAAAGUAUUGGACGAUUUACGUUUGCCCGGGCAGAAGUUUGUCUUGCCAGGGGGAAAGCACAAGCCUGCAGAUACCGAGGAAGAAAUAGAAUUGCCACCGAUUGAAGGAACUUUGGAACGAUGGGGCAGUUUCACCUCGGUCCUCUGUGAAACCCUGUCAAAAAUGCAGAACACCAAUGGCCAUCAAACCUACACGCCCACGAAUCUCCUCUGCAAGCAGAAAAAGACUACACAGUGCGUGGACGGAGGUCAGCACGACUCGCACGAGUUUCUCCGUCAUUUGCUGGAAAUAGUACGGAACGAAGAUCUCAGAAGAUACCAGAUCAUAAUUCUGAAGGAGGUCGGCCUGAGUGGGAAGACUAAACCGGAUUGCGUGGAAAAGGGCUUGAAAUCUCGCGUGAAAUUCUACGGCAAUCAAGCCAGCACGCGGCUGCUAGGACCGGAAGCGGUGUUCCGAGGUGUGCUGGUGUCUACGUUGGAGUGCUUGGACUGCCAUCACUCGUCGCAACGCACCGAGCCAUUUCUGGACCUGAGCUUACCCGUCACUGCGGACAAGCCACAGCCACCGCUCUUGAAAAGGAAGAAUAGCGAAAUCGAGGAUACUUCCGACAUGAUAAACACUCAGCAGCGUGAUCAUCAGACCUCCGACACGCCCUGGAAACAGUUGAAGAAGGAAAAGAAACCAAGUAGAAAGAACCGAAAAAAUAAAAGGCAGGAGAAUCAUAACAAUUCUAACGUGUUGAUGGAUUCGGAUAAUCCUACGGAAGAAAAUAACGAUAACGUUCUAAAGUCAGAGGAGAGCGACGCCGAUGUCGAGGAUAACAUCGAGGUGGACAAUUCUCAUCCGGAGAUCGGAGAGUCUGGCUACAGCUCGGAGAAGGCGUCCGCCGUCGCCAGUCCCGUAUCGCCCGCUCAUCAUCCGAGCAACGAUUUCAAUAGCGACGUCAACAACACGUCGAGCUUGGAGGACGGUAAUCUGGACAAUAAUUUGGACGCGGCACAAGUUAGAAAUCCGACGAGCGUAAACGCAUUAACUAGCCCUAGUCCGACUGACGUGUCGAUGACGGACUUGACUCAAAUCAGGAUACCGUCCGAGAAACACGACCGGAACGUCGGUACGGUCAGUUCCGAGAACGAGGCGUCGGCCACGGCGUUGUCCACCUCCAUGAUCGUCAACUCCGACGUCACCAGCCCGGAGGCGCCUACCGCGAGCUUGAGCAGCUCCGCCGCUUCUAAGGAGAGCCCUACCAGCCCCGUCAAUGGCGAUGAAGUCGCGGAAAGACUGGACGGCGUCGAGGCAUGGAUGGCGAACGCUCUAUCGAGAUGCAAUAGAAGAAAAUACAAUAGCGGAAUUUCCAAUGGAGACGAUCUUGAGGAGCAGGAUUUGUGUAAUGAAGUAGGCGAUAUAAUGACAGGUAUGUCCAGGUUGGGUAUUGCCGGGCAUCAGUCGCCCAGCAGAUACACGACCAAAGAGGGCGAGUGUUCCGUGGAAUCGUGCUUGAAUCAAUUCACCGCGUUGGAGUUGAUGACUGGCAGCAAUAAAGUCGUGUGCGAGGCGUGCACAGCUCGCGAGAAGAAGAAUCAAGAGAAUCCGUCGAAAAUGAUAUGCACUUCGAGUACCAAGCAGUACCUUAUCUCUCAAGUCCCUCCGAUAUUAAUAUUGCAUCUGAAGAGAUUCCAGACGCAAAGAGUCGGCUUUCGGAAAGUUUUCAAGCACGUGUCGUUCCCGAUAUUGUUGGAUUUGGCGCCGGUCUGCAAAGGCCAUAAGAAGCCUCGGAUCUACUCGCUCUAUGGAGUUGUCGAACAUAGUGGAACUGUUCAUGGUGGUCACUAUGUUGCGUAUGUCAAGACAAGACUGCCAUUACCGCAAGACGACCCGCGAUGGAACUUCCUUCCCAAAGAUAAGGAUCCUAAACCGGACAAUGAAUCGAGCAAUCUGAGCUCGGAUUCAGAAGAAGAGGCAGCAUCAGCGAAAGCUUCGUCUGUUGUAGAAGCACCACCUGGAAGAUGGUACUACGUAUCAGAUUCUCGGGUAUCAGAGGUAGAUGAGAACACGGUGCUCAAGAGUCAAGCGUAUCUCUUAUUCUACGAAAGAAUUCUCUGAUUUGCCGCAACAAGGAACAGGAUCGAAAAUCGACGGGAUUAUGUUCGCAUUUCUGGUCGUCGAGCGAAAAAGAGAACAUGGACUUUUAAGAAAUUUCUUAACUCUACAAUUUUUAGUAUCAUAUCGCGCGUUGUUGGACAUCUAAUGUAUGUAAGUGAUACAACAAAUUUAGUUGAUUAUAUAUGUAUAUUUGCGCGAAAACGGUAAGAGAGAGUUAUUAGAAAUAUCGAGGACUAGAUUGUUUCUUACGACCGAUAGUUCACGAUAGAUCACGAAAACUAUUAACGGAAAACGUCUUCUCUAACAAGUCUGUAGUUAUUCAAAUCCAUUAAUUUGAAAUUUGUAGAUUUUCGAAAUUUUUAAUUCUCAUAUUUUUACAAACUUCGAUAAAAAUAUAAAUCGGAGUUAUUUUGCGAUUUUUUUUUAUUAUUAUUAAAUGACACAUUGAUACCAGCAAGAUCGUACCAAAUUCAAGUUGAAAGUAAAUCCAGAGACAGGACCAAAUAAAGAAAUAGUUUUCGUUGUGCAAUAAAUUUAUCUCCAUCACGAAAUAGUUCCGGUUUACGAUUACAUUACUCUUUUUUUUUUUUAAUAAUGUUGAGUUACAAAAUGCAUAAUACUUGAAAUGCUCAUAACUUAGAAUGUUUAAAGGAUAGAUGUAAUAUUUUACGUAUACAUAUUGUUUUAUGUAGAAGUGGUUUCAAAGCGGAGCAUGAUUAGACGUCUCGUCAAAAACAAAAUAGUGAAAUUUGUAAAUCGAGAUGAAUGAUUCAUAUUGGUGCGACAUUACAGAGAAAGUCUUUUCAAAUAGCGCACUUCAAUUAUGGUAAAAUUUUUUGAACAUAUUGCGUUCAAUAUCUACCGAUAAUUUUACUGUGACAUAAGAGCAAAUGUCCCAGUGGCUGGACAUGUUUCAAUCUCCAACCAUAUAUUAACAAACAAAGCAGCUAUGUUAAUAUCUAUAAAUAUGGAGUCCAAAAAUUAUGUCUAAAAGAUGUUAGUAAAUUUUAAUUUUGCACAUAAUAAGAAUUAAACAUCGUUGUGUAAUAUUUAAUUGCACAAGAAUGUAGAUUGAUUUUUAAAGUAAGCGAUAUUUUGUAGCCCUUAAAAAUGCAUUUUUUAUGAAUUUAUGAAUUUUAGAAACAAAUUUCUGAAUUUCCCACUUAAAUAGUACGUGUAUAUUCUGUAAGACAUUUAUGUCCGAACACUGGUACAUAUGCAUAUUUGACAUCUGUUGCAAAUAUUUAAUAAGAUAAAUGUCCCAGUGGCCGGACAUAUCCCAAUCUGUGACCGUAUCUUAAAGCAAAACAAUUAUUAUUUAAUAUUUAUAAAUAUGAAACCUAGAAAUAAUAUUGAAGGACGUUGGUAAAUUAAGUUUGCAUAUAAAGAGAAUUAAGCAUCGUUGUGUAAUAUUUAAUUGCAUAAUACUCGUAAUCAAUAUAGCUAGUAUGAAAUAACGAGUUUAUAUCAUGAGACAAUUGAGACAAUUGGUCCUUAACGAUUUUUAUUAAGAACAAGUGAUAUUUUAUUGACGCUAUAAAGAAGCAUUUGUUGA